AUGGCCGAAACGACAGACAUCGUGAAUAGCGCGGUCGAUGGCCCCGCAACGGCCGGGAGUACGGAGAAGGGGUCGCAUCGGGCGAUCCAUAGCGGCGGUCCGGAAGAAGUUCGUGAGUGGUCGGCCGAGCACGACCUCGUGUAUCCCGAAGGGGGAUGGAAGGCAUGGUCGCAAGUGCUUGCCGGCAAUAUGCUCAACGCGCUAGCGUGGGGUUACCCGGCGACAUUCGGCGUUUAUCAACUUUUCUAUACCGAAAAGCUGGGUUUGCCAUCGGCUCAGGUGUCGUGGAUCGGCUCGGUACAGAUCUUUCUGACUUUUGCGAUUUGCACCAUCUCGGGCCGUUUGACGGACGCAGGAUACGCACGUCAGGCUGUUCUAGUGGGCUGCACCGUCGUCGUCUUCGGCACCUUCAUGACAAGUCUAUGCACCGAGUACUGGCAAAUCAUGCUCGCCCAGGGCAUCUGCACUGGUAUGGGAUUGGGGGUUCUGUUCAUGCCCAGCGUCGCCAUCAUCGGAUCGUAUUUCAAGAAAAGACGGUCUCUGGCUCUAGCAAUAUCGGCCACCGGCACUGGCGUCGGCAGUUUGAUCUUCCCGUCGACGCUGCAAUAUCUCAUCCCUCGGGUUGGCUUCCCAUGGGCCGUGCGGUGUUCGGCCUUUGUUGCGCUCGCCGUGUCCGUUGUUGCCAACGUGUUGCUGCGUCCGAGACUGCCACCACGGAGGUCAGGGCCCUUUGUCGAGUGGGCGGCAUUCCGAGAGGGACCUUACAUAUUGUUUGCGUUAGGCGUGUUCCUGUAUUUCAUAGCUCUGUACUUUGGCUUCUUUUAUAUCAACACGUACGCUCGAAACGUCGUCGGCUUCUCAACCACCGAGUCUGUGUCCCUGCUUCUUAUCACAAACGGUAUGGGCAUACCAAGCCGGCCGGUCGUUGUAUACGUGGCCGAUCGGUACCUUGGCCCGAUUAACACCUUCACGCUUAUGACCUUCAUUCUGGGCUGUAUGGAGUUUGCCUGGAUAGGAGUCAAAACGAGGACUGGCAUGUACAUAUUUAGUAUCUUCUUCGGAUUGUCGAACGGGGCAGCACAGGGCGUUUUCGUCGGCGCCUUAGCAAGCUUGACGGCCGAUCCUCAGAAAAUGGGCACCAGAUUCGGCAUGAUUGCGACGUUGUCGGGAUUCGCGUCACUGGCUGGGCCGCCAACGGCGGGUGCCAUCAUCGACCGGUCGGGCGGACAGUAUGUCUGGGCCCAGGUUUGGGGUGGGGUGGUCAUCAUCGCAGGCUCGCUGACACUUGCAGCAGCGAGAAUAGCCAAGGCAGGGAAGGCUUGGGGGGCCAGGUUGUAG